GAAAACAAUUGCAGUAAAAUGAAGCAGAUAUUUGGCUUGCAAAAGGCCAACACGGAGGCGGAGGCCGGCCUGCAUGCACGCCGGCUUGUUGUUGUCCUCUCCCUUGGCGCCAAACAACCAAGAGAAUAGAAUAGAAUGGAAGCUCCCUCCGAGCAGAGCACAAAACCAUUUCUAUCUUCCGAUCCUCCAGCACUCAUCUUCUACUGCCCAUGGCCAUGGACGGUCCCGACGGCUGGGUCUGGGUGCGCCGGCCGGCGGAGGAGGAAUCGUGGCGUCCAUGGACGGCUGAGGAGGAGGAGGAGCGGCCACUCAAGGUGGUGUUCUCGUCGCCGGCCGAGUACUUCACGGACGCGGCGCCGAUCGGCAACGGCAGCCUCGGCGCCAUGGUUUGGGGCGGGGUCUCCUCCGACAAGCUCCAGCUUAACCAUGAUACACUAUGGACCGGCGUGCCAGGGAACUACACCGACCCAAAGGGGCCGGGUGUACUUGCAGAGGUGAGGCAAUUGGUCGACCAAGGAAGGUUCGCCGACGCCACGGCUUCAGCCAAGGGCCUUUUUGGUGGACAGUCUGAGGUAUACCAACCUCUUGGUGACUUAAAUAUCGAGUUCAGCACCUCGGAUGAGGUGUAUGAUUCUUACAAAAGAGAGCUUGAUCUACAUACGGCGACUGCUCUGGUCACAUAUGUCAUCGGGGGAGUGCAGUACACAAGGGAGCACUUCUGCUCGAAUCCACAUCAAGUCAUCGUCACCAGGUUCUCAGCAAGCACACCAGGCCAUGUCUCCUGCACACUGUCCUUAAGCAGUCAGUUAAACCACAGCGUCACUGUAACCAAUGAAAACGGGAUGAUCAUGGAAGGCAUAUGUCCAGGUCAGAGGCCUGCAAUGAGAGAAAACGGUGGCGAUAAUGCAACUGGCAUUAGGUUUACAGCUGCUCUGGGUUUGCAGAUGGGUGGGGGCGCGGCAAAAGUUAUAGUGCAGAAUGACCAAAAGUUGAAGCUUGACAGUGCAGAUUGGGUUGUUUUCAUAGUUGCAGCAGCAUCCUCAUUCGACGGGCCACUUGUUAAUCCUGCAGACUCUAAACUAGACCCCACGUCUCUAGCUCUCAGUACGCUGAAUUACAGCAGGAACCUCACAUUUGAUCAGCUUAAAGCAGCCCAUUUGGAUGAUUAUCAGAGCCUUUUUAACCGUGUGACGUUGCAACUUUCACGAGGAUUGAAUGACGCAUGCUCUUCGGUGAUUCAGAAAGAUAGACCAGAAGAAGUUGCUGAAGACAUCAGAACAUCAGCAGAUAGAGUGAAGAGUUUCAGUACUGAUGAGGAUCCUUCUCUGGUUGAACUCUUAUUUCAGUAUGGUCGCUAUCUCCUCAUUUCCUGUUCUCGGCCUGGAACUCAGGUUUCUAAUCUGCAAGGAAUCUGGAGCCAAGAUAUUGCACCUGAGUGGGAUGCAGCUCCUCAUCUGAACAUAAAUCUACAGAUGAAUUACUGGCCAGCACUUCCUUGCAACCUUAGCGAAUGCCAAGAACCAUUGUUUGAUUUUCUAGGAUCACUUGCGGUUAACGGGAUUAAAACAGCAAAAGUCAAUUACCAAGCAGGUGGAUGGGUAACACAUCAUGUGUCGGAUAUAUGGGCAAAAUCAUCGGCGUUCCUUAAGAAUCCAAAGCAUGCUGUGUGGCCCAUGGGAGGAGCCUGGCUUUGCACACACCUAUGGGAGCACUACCAGUUUUCAAUGGACAAAGACUUUUUGGAAAACACAGCAUAUCCACUGCUGGAAGGCUGUGCCAACUUUCUGGUCGACUGGUUGAUUGAAGGACCUGGAGGUUAUCUGGAAACCAAUCCCUCAACUUCUCCGGAGCAUGCUUUCAUAGCUCCUGAUGGUAAACCAGCAAGCGUGAGUUACUCGACAACAAUGGACAUCUCAAUCAUCCGGGAGGUUUUCCUUGCAGUCCUUGCAUCUGCGGAGCUUUUGGGAAAAGCUGAUAUUGAUUUGGUUGAGAGAAUCAAGAAAGCGCUCCCAAGACUUCCUCCCAUACAAAUUGCAAGAGAUCGUACCAUGUUAAUGCAGGCACUAGAUUUUAAGGACCCAGAAGUCCAACAUAGGCACCUGUCGCAUCUCUUUGGACUUUACCCUGGACAUACUAUAGCCAUGGAUAAUGACCCUGAUGUUUGUGAAGCUGUUGCCAAUAGCCUUUACAAAAGAGGUGAAGAUGGCCCCGGAUGGUCAACUACAUGGAAAAUGGCUUUGUGGGCGCGUCUUCUGAACAGUGAAAAUGCAUACAGAAUGGUUUUAAAGCUGAUCACCUUGGUUCCUCCCGGUGGUAAGGUUGAGUUUGAAGGAGGACUCUAUACCAAUCUGUGGACAGCACACCCGCCAUUCCAAAUAGACGCAAACUUCGGAUUUGCAGCUGCCCUUGCUGAGAUGUUGAUCCAGAGCACACAGAGUGACCUUUAUUUGCUCCCCGCUCUGCCGAGAGAUAGGUGGCCCACGGGCAGCGUCAAAGGGCUGAAGGCCCGCGGUGAUGUGACCGUCGACAUCCGCUGGAAGGAAGGGGAGCUUCAUGAAGCAGUGCUAUGGUCGUCAAAUGAUCGAAAUACAGUCGCAAGGCUGCAUUAUGGCAAAGAGGUUGCUGCUGUGACAGUUCGUCGCGGUAUUGUUUACAGGUUUUGUAGCGGAUUGCGAUGUCUGGAGACAUGGCCACUCUGCAAAUGACUGUCCCAUGCCAUGCACUUGAAAAUGCUUGAAUUAGUCAUUUUUUUCAUUUUUCACUAUUGGACACAAUGGUACAUCAAGGGACACAGUUACUGCCAGUUUGACUGGGGAGUGUGAGGACCAAUUUAUCUUAGCAUUUUGUGACAAAAAUGCUACUCAUAUAUUGGAAAUAUGCUACUGCUCCUUCUUCAGCUUUUAUUUACAUUCUUUCAUGGAGCAUGGAUAAAAUUAGUUGAAGAUUGUUAGGACGUGCUAUAUCACACCACAAAGAGCUGUAAUGAGAAAAUAAAAUGGGGUAGUUCCUUACAUGAUAGUGAAUAAAAAAAUUCUUCUAUUUCAAGGUUUGAAUAAUAAUUUCAAGAUUUCAGGGAAAUAUUUGAGACUCAAGUUUUCACAACUCGAAGCACCCAAAUCUGGGUCAAGGGGACUUGAGCUCGGAUCCGACGGUCCAUUAGUAAAAGUGUGGGCGUGUUAGCACGAGUGACUUUCUUUAUUUUCUUUUCUUUUUUUCCAUGGCCUGGUCACAUUCCUGUAACUUGUAAAAUUACCCUCUUCUUAUAUGCAAAAGCAGAGCUUCUUCUGCUAGUUCCAGUCAAAAUAUCACACCCUUGUUCCUUGAUUUGCACCCUAGGCUCUCUACCAUAGUUGAGAACAAUCUAUGAUACGUACACUGCGAUCCUUGUUGGCCAGCAAUCUUGACUUUGCAGGCAACACAUGCACGAACCACCGAACCGACGACGAAUCGCUCAAUACAGCAACAUGUUCUGCUUAUCCUGCUUCUUUUGCGUCAUGCCUCAUAUAAACAAGCGACACAGAAAUCCCAAAUCAGCAAUGUGGAAUGGAAUAAAAAACCAGCCUAAGAGGGUAACAACAUCUACGUCAGGUUAUCCUAUAUAUAUACCUAAAUAGUUGAUCCACAUUAACUCUAAUUCUCUCAACAUGCAGCCCUCCACCCUCCACAUCACCAAAUGUCCACA